UGUCCAGCCCCAAGACCUGUGUGAUUGGUCCAGGCCUGGUGCCAGGGGCGGGGCUUAACCAGGAGAACCAGGACGGGGAGGAGGAGCCUGUCAUCACGGUGGCCCCCCCUCAGAGGGCGUUCAGCACGCUGCCGUCUGUGGACAGCGCCGUGGAGUCGUGGGACGGGUCCAACAUGGACAGCAGCUUCACCACCUCAGCUCCGCCUUUUCAGUCGUCUCCGUUCAGUUUCCACGAGUGGCGCAACCAGAAGACGACCAACAGCCAGACGCUGUCCUCUGGCCGGCAGAGAGCCAAUCCACUGUCAGACCUGGGGCUGAGUGACGACGACUGGGACCACCCACCGCUUGGAGG